CUGUCAACAGCGUUCCAGCACUGAUGCAUGCGCAGAAUGAGCUCGGAAACGAAAGCGUGUGUAUGAUUUGUGUGUGGGAACGGCUGUGCGUGAAUUGGUUUCCGGUCGGAAUCUGUGGAAUGUUGGACAGAGCGGUGCUCACUGUAUUGUAGUUCGUAGGAAACAUGGAGUUUGCCUUCUGUUUCGAGGACUCGGUGUUCUCAGAGAGUAGGGACCGGAGUGCGGGGAGAGAGGUGUCCUAUACAGCCAAGCAGUGUGAGCCUCAGUGGUUCACUGAAGACGUGAAAUGUGAUGACCCCACUGAUGAGCAAACAGUGCUGAAAUUCCGGGCAGACUGGUCAUACAGGCAGAAAAACUUUCUGAAAGCAUUUGAUGAGUACAGCAGCUGCUAUGAGCUUCUACCGGCUACCAAUAAUGGAAUGAGAAGGGAUGUGCAGGAAAGCCAGGCACGCUGCUUAAUCCACAUGGGGAGAUUUCCAGAAGCCCUAGAGACUGCACAAGCUCUGAUGAAAGGCGUUAACAACACGGAUCACUUGACAGUUGCAUUGAAUCUCCAGGUCUCCAUUCACAACCAUCUGGGGAAUUUGAAGGAAGUGGUUUCUUGUUUGCAACAGUUGGUCACCUUGCACUCAUUCAAUCCUUAUUUCUGGAUAUCGCUGGCUGAAUCAUACAGAAGUCUGUCAUUUGCUUCCUCCCACUGUAGAAAUGGAUCAGUUCAAUUCAGUGAGCCUUCAUUGAGAGAACAUUUUUGUGAUAAUUCCAUUAGAACAGUGGACACUGCUAACAUGAUACAGAGACAUUGUAGUAACACUAACACAAGUCCCUCAGUAUUAGAAUGCUGCAGGAAUAGCACGCAGCUGUGGAUCUGGUCAUGUGCAUCCUUCAUCAGAGCAAGAAUUCUCCUGCAUUUUAUUCAGCCCCAGCAGUCUUCCUUUGCGUUGGACCAUAAUCUAAAGACUCAAAGUUAUAUAGAGGAGCAGUUAAAUCAGAUGGGUUUAGCAGAAGAGUCUCAAAGUUUAAUAACACAUGUUAUGGGUGAAGAUCUUUUAGCGGAAAGAAUACAAGAAGAGGGACAGAUUGAUACAAAAAAUACUCUGGCACUGAAUACUUUCACAAUGCCAACCGAUACCGAGUUCAAAGAGAAGUGGUUUCAAAAAAUCCAGACGCUGCUUUUGGUCCAUGGUUAAAAA